AUGCCACCCGGUAGAUGGCGGAGGAGGCAGGCCGGUACCAGCAGCCAGGUUUCAGCCAAAACCGGUACCAGCAGCCACCACCACCACAAGGGAUCAUACCACCACCCACCACCACAAGGUAUAACCUCAAACCGGUACCAGCAGCCAGCUCCCCAAGGUAUAACCUCAAACCGGUACCAGCAGCCAGCUCCCCAAGGUAUAACCUCAAACCGGUACCAGCAGCCAGCUCCCCAUGGUAUAACCUCAAACCGGUACCAGCAGCCACCUCCUUAAGGAAUAACCUAAAAACCAUUACCAGUAGCCACCUCCCCAAGGUAUAACCUCAAACCGGUACCAGCAGCCAGCUCCCCAAGGUAUAACCUCAAACCGGUACCAGCAGCCAGCUCCCCAAGGUAUAACCUCAAACCGGUACCAGCAGCCAGCUCCCCAAGGUAUAACCUCAAACCGGUACCAGCAGCCAGCUCCCCAAGGUAUAACCUCAAACCGGUACCAGCAGCCAGCUCCCCAAGGUAUAACCUCAAACCGGUACCAGCAGCCAGCUCCCCAAGGUAUAACCUCAAACCGGUACCAGCAGCCACCUCCCUCCCCAAGGGUAUAACCUCAAACCGGUACCAGCAGCCAGCUCCCCAAGGUAUAACCUCAAACCGGUACCAGCAGCCAGCUCCCCAAGGUAUAACCUCAAACCGGUACCAGCAGCCAGCUCCCCAAGGUAUAACCCUUAAACCGGUACCAGCAGCCAGCUCCCCAUGGUAUAACCCUUAAACCGGUACCAGUAGCCAGCUCCCCAAGGUAUAACCCUUAAACCGGUACAAGCAGCCAAUAUCGGAUUUCAACACUUUAGUUAAAGAAACACUAUAGCGUUAGGAACACAAACAUGUACUCCUGACACUAUAGUGGUAAAAUAACUGUUUAUGUUCCCAGCCCACCUCCCGUUGCAGUAAAAAGGUGAUUUUACUCACCUUUUCUCCCAAGCCACGCCGGUCUCUCCAUAGCUGGUUCUGUCUUCGUGAAUGAGAUCAUCAAACUUGAUGAUUUCUGCCAAUCCAAUGCUUUCCCAUAGAAAAGCAAUGUAAGACUAUUGCACAUGCACAACAAAAUGCAGCUCUGAGCCAAUCUGCAUCUUCCAAACCGGUACCAGCAGCCAGCUCCCCAAGGUAUAACCUCAAACCGGUACCAGCAGCCACCUCCCCAAGGUAUAACCUCAAACCGGUACCAGCAGCCAGCUCCCCAAGGUAUAACCUCAAACCGGUACCAGCAGCCAGCUCCCCAAGGUAUAACCUCAAACCGGUACCAGCAGCCAGCUCCCCAAGGUAUAACCCUUAAACCGGUACCAGCAGCCAGCUCCCCAAGGUAUAACCCUUAAACCGGUACCAGCAGCCAGCUCCCCAAGGUAUAACCUCAAACCGGUACCAGCAGCCACCUCCCCAAGGUAUAACCUCAAACCGGUACCAGCAGCCAGCUCCCCUCAAGGUAUAACCUCAAACCGCACCAGCAGCCAGCCCCCAUGGUAUAACCUCAAACCGUACCAGCAGCAGCUGGGGCUGCCCCUGCUGUAUAACCCUCCUCAAAACCGGGUACCAGCAGCCAGCUCCCCAUGGUAUAACCUCAAACCGUACCAGCGCCAGCUCCCUCAAGGUAUAACCUCCUCAAACCGUACCAGCAGCCAGCUCCCCAAGGUAUAACUCUCAAACCGUACCAGCAGCCAGCUCCCCAAGGUAUAACCUCAAACCGUACCAGCAGCCAGCUCCCCAAGGUAUAACCUCAAACCGUACCAGCAGCCAGCUCCCUAAGGUAUAACCUCAAACCGUACCAGCAGCCAGCUCCCAAGGUAUAACUCAAACCGUACCAAAGCAGCCAGCUCCCUACAAGGUAUAACCUCAAACCGGUACCAGCAGCCAGCUCCCCAAGGUAUAACCUCAAACCGGUACCAGCAGCCAGCUCCCCAAGGUAUAACCUCAAACCGGUACCAGCAGCCAGUUCCCCAUGGUAUAACCUCAAACCGGUACCAGCAGCCAGCUCCCCAUGGUAUAACCUCAAACCGGUACCAGCAGCCACCUCCUUAAGGAAUAACCUAAAAACCAUUACCAGUAGCCACCUCCCCAAGGUAUAACCUCAAACCGGUACCAGCAGCCAGCUCCCCAAGGUAUAACCUCAAACCGGUACCAGCAGCCACCUCCCCAAGGUAUAACCUCAAACCGGUACCAGCAGCCACCUCCCCAAGGUAUAACCUCAAACCGGUACCAGCAGCCAGCUCCCCAAGGUAUAACCCUUAAACCGGUACCAGCAGCCAGCUCCCCAUGGUAUAACCCUUAAACCGGUACCAGUAGCCAGCUCCCCAAGGUAUAACCCUUAAACCGGUACAAGCAGCCAAUAUCGGAUUUCAACACUUUAGUUAAAGAAACACUAUAGCGUUAGGAACACAAACAUGUACUCCUGACACUAUAGUGGUAAAAUAACUGUUUAUGUUCCCAGCCCACCUCCCGUUGCAGUAAAAAGGUGAUUUUACUCACCUUUUCUCCCAAGCCACGCCGGUCUCUCCAUAGCUGGUUCUGUCUUCGUGAAUGAGAUCAUCAAACUUGAUGAUUUCUGCCAAUCCAAUGCUUUCCCAUAGAAAAGCAAUGUAAGACUAUUGCACAUGCACAACAAAAUGCAGCUCUGAGCCAAUCUGCAUCUUCCAAUUUAAUGCAUCUCUUGACUGCGACUAGAGGAACAAGGCAGUAAUGUGAACACUGCUUUCUCUCUGCAAAGGCAGUGAUUACAUUAGAAAAACCUCCUUGGACAUGCUAUAGACACCAGAAACACUACAUGAAACUGUAAUUGUUCUGGUGACCUAUAGUGUCCCUUUCACAUUAUUUUAACUAGUGUAUUGUGUGAUGUUGUACCCAAUGUUUGUUUUAACUACUUGGCAUAAAAAUGAUACUAAUAGGCUAGUUUAAAAAAAUAAAAAAAAUAAAAUAUAUAUAUAUAUAUAUAUAUAUAUAUAAAAAACUCCUGACAUUAUAGCCUAUUGUUUUGAAAAGUGAUCUUGACUUUUCCUGUGACAAUUGUUUUGAAAAGGCUCUUGCAUAAAAAUUUUAUUUUUCAUUGUUUUAUACUGUAGUUUCUGAUUUGAUGUUUGUUAGUUAAAUAAAUCACAUUAAUGUUUGAAAUCCCCUAAAAAAAAAUAUUAAAUAACUCUAUUUGACAUUUUAACUUUCCUUAAAUCUUGUGGAUCUUACACCCAUGUAAUCUUCUCCAUGCCUCAUAUUGUUGUUUCUUGCACACCAACAUUCUAAUGAUUCCUUUAGGUGGCUCUCGACACUGGAAUGCUCCAUCUCAGCAACAUCCUGCUGCUAGCUUUUCCAAAUCCACAACUUGGACAAAUAAACCCCGUGAUGAAAGUUUUAAACCUACCGGAGCUGCAGGAUUUAGUGGCUCGCAGAAUCGCUUUGCUGCCUUAUCUGCUCAGGAUAAUUCAAGAGAUGCUCAGAAGGACAAAGAUGGAAACCUCAUGUAAGCCAAAUAGAUAUAUAUUUUUAUUAUUUAUUUUUAUUUCUCGAAUGAGACAAACAGUAGUUUCUCAUGAAAUAAAUUGUCUUCUUAUUUAAUGUUGAUGGAAAAGUGAGAAGUAUCGGUGUAGCGCUCUAUACUAGUGGAUGUGGAAAAAAAAAAUGAAUAAAGUAAAACCUUGCUAUACCUUGAUGGAUUAUAUAUACUUAUAGAUAGUCCCAGAGUAGUCAGGUUUACCUUAAAUGCAAAACACAAAUAUACAGAACAUAGUGUAACCUGUAUACAAAACGUAAAUGGAAAUAAAGUGUAUAGGUAACUCACUCACACUUUUCUGAGCUAAUGUACUAGCUCAGGUAUGUGCGCCUUAGGGUCCGUAGAGGCGACCCUUCCCCUCCUUUUCGUCCAAAUAGUCUCCAGGUGUAUUGUCCUAGGUAAUAGGUAUAGGAGGAGAAAAUAGCGUAGUACAGUCUGGUGUAUAAAGGGUAUAUUUAAUAAAUAAUACCAAUAUACUCACAAACCCUGAGCCAAUAUAUCGGCUCGCUUCAUAAGAUGUGUGUGGUUAAGGACCACAUUCCUUCUUUGUAAUAGCAGGUAGGAAUAAAAGCCGUAAGUGUGAUAAAAAUAUAUAUAUAUAAUUUAUUGUAUAAAAAGUAUAACAUAAAUAUAAAAAAUACACUAUAUCAAUAAAUCAACACUUGUGGCUAUAGUCCAAAAGACAGUAUAGUCUGUUCGAGCAGACUAUACUGUCUUUUGGACUAUAGCCACAAGUGUUGAUUUAUUGAUAUAGUGUAUUUUUUAUAUUUAUGUUAUACUUUUUAUACAAUAAAUUAUAUAUAUAUAUUUUUAUCACACUUACGGCUUUUAUUCCUACCUGCUAUUACAAAGAAGGAAUGUGGUCCUUAACCACACACAUCUUAUGAAGCGAGCCGAUAUAUUGGCUCAGGGUUUGUGAGUAUAUUGGUAUUAUUUAUUAAAUAUACCCUUUAUACACCAGACUGUACUACGCUAUUUUCUCCUCCUAUACCUAUUACCUAGGACAAUACACCUGGAGACUAUUUGGACGAAAAGGAGGGGAAGGGUCGCCUCUACGGACCCUAAGGCGCACAUACCUGAGCUAGUACAUUAGCUCAGAAAAGUGUGAGUGAGUUACCUAUACACUUUAUUUCCAUUUACGUUUUGUAUACAGGUUACACUAUGUUCUGUAUAUUUGUGUUUUGCAUUUAAGGUAAACCUGACUACUCUGGGACUAUCUAUAAGUAUAUAUAAUCCAUCAAGGUAUAGCAAGGUUUUCCUUUAUUCAUUUUUUUUCCACAUCCACUAGUAUAGAGCGCUACACCGAUACUUCUCACUUUUCCACCAUUUUCCUAUAGAAAGAUAAGCACGGUGGUAUAGCAGCUCAUAUUAAAUCUGUCGGGUAUAAUUCUAAUCUAAAACUUUAUAUAGAAGCGCUUGUACUCCCCAUUUGUAUUUAUUUAAUGUUGAGUUUAGAGUACCAUAAAAGGAGACUCUCAUUCGGGCACAUUCCAUUAAAAAUUGUGAGGCAGUGUCUAACUGUGUCUCUUAUUAUUUUUUUUUUAUUUAUUUUUUUUACACUGAUCUCCCAAUUAGCACCUCCCAGUUGAACGUUCCUUUUUUUCGUGGCUGCAAACAAAAGAAGGAAAAGGUGCUGAAUUUCUUAACAGCCAUUCAUUAUUUUGAUAUUUUUGCACUCUGUAUCAGUACUGCUUAAACUACUAUCAAAUAACUGAUUACCACUAGUUGUUAAUAAUUUUGUAAAUGGUUGUUUUUUUUUUUUUUCUUUUUGUUUUUUUUUUCCGAACAGAGAUGAACUGAUAAAGGACAUUCAGAUUUGGGAAUCAUCCAAACAAUGGCCAUUCUCAGUCUAUUCUGUGUCAAAGGAAAAGUGCAAUAUUUCAGGUAAUUCAAAUCCACUAUUUCCUUGUAAAUAUAAUCGGUUUGUGCAGCAACUUGUUUUUUUGUUUGUUUUUUUUCAUUAAUUGUUACUGAUCUUUAGAGAAGACAUACAAUAUAUGACAUUUGGGAAAUGCAAGUUCCAAAAUAGUAGUAUAUUGUAAGAUGUUAAAAACCUCACUUUUGUUAUAGUAUUGCCAUGAAAAAUCAGUGCCACAUAGUCGAGAAUAAUCCACCACAUGAGUACACGACAAAAAGAAAACAUUCUUUAUAAACAUAAAAGACAAAAAUCAACAAAGCUAUAGUGGCAUCAUAACACUUGAGAUGAUCUUGGACUCGGGGAGCUCUGAUUGUCAGUUAAUGCCAGACACAGGAAGAUGUUUUUAAAGUGUUGGAAAAAUGGUAGACUCCACUGAGACCAACAUAAUGGGCACACCUGCGCUCCCCAGCCCAAGGCAUUUUUAAAACCACUGCUUCUUGUCCACUGACUUCAACAUGCCUGGUGCCUAAGUCAAAAACUUGAGAUAGUCCCAAAGAAACAAGAGCCUCCUGAGGUUGGACAGUGUUUGGGGCUAGUGCUCCCUUUGGUUUCUUCCCCGUGAAGAUAAGCGGGUAUGGGCCUCAUCCAGAGUUGGCUUGACUGCAGAUACGGUAGAUUGGAGCACCGAAUUGUUCAGUAUUUGUCCAAAUCUAUUACAUAUAUCUUCAAAGGCCUCUUUAAAAGGUAAUCUGCAAUGCUGUCAAAUAGAUGCCCAUUUUAGGUUGCUCAGAUAGAUGAUCUGCUGUAGCAUGCAAAUUGUCCAGAAGUAGGGUAGAUGCACUGGUUGGGACUGGGAUAAACCCCUACCUGUCAAAAGUGGGGAGUAGGGUUAAGGCAUUUAGUGGAGGGUAGCUGUGUACAGUCCAUCUGUCACUCUGUUGCAAUCUAGGCCGCACCACCAGGAACUCCAAAGUUUCAGUGAAUUGCCCCGUAGAAACCAGAUUAUAGUUUCUCAGAGUUCAGCGCUCUUUCCAUUUAAAACAAAUUUGAGUUCAUAAGACUAUAAUACAGCCUGCUGUAGUGCUUUUGAUGUGACGAGUACCCUGGCACCCUUCCCCCUGUAAUGGUGCAAGACAUUUAAUAUCUUACCUGGGUCACACUGGUCACCAGGUAUCCUCUGCAGCUAGCUUACAAUAUCCAAAUUCUCCAAAAGCCAGAUGCUGAUCCUGCCACUCUGGUAUUUAAUGGAGAGUGUCAGCUGUUCGCUCCCAGCCAAUUAAUGCCCCUCUGUGCACAGAAAUAUGCACAUAAUUGACAUUGGCAUGGCAGAAUUCUUGUUCUGCUGGAUCACCCUGUUCAGGUUACCUCUCCCCUGUAAGGAUGCAGCAAGAUAUCUUCCAACUGCACAUGUGUAAAUCUAUCUGGCAUGCCCAAUGCACUUUUCGCUAGGAAUUGGACACUGAUUGGUUAGAUCAGUGUCCCACCUGGAGUGGAUGAGGAAAGCAUAAGCAGGAAGAAGCAGGUACAAAAUGAUAAAUUAAAAUCCUAUUUACCUGUUUUUUUCGGCAUGCAGAGUGGGGCAACUGUGUCUUUCAAAGCCAAAACUUUUGAAUGAGAGAAUUGUCUCAAAAUGAUCCAUGUCCCUUUAAGAUGUGCUUAGAGUGUGUCUCUUUAAUUUGCUUAAUAUUGUUUUACUGUUCAGCAUUUCCACUAGGUGAUGCUAUUGCCAUAUGGAAUUUCAGUUUAGUUUCAAUAAAUUUUUUUCACACCAGCACAAAAGUGCAGUUAGUAAAUUCUCUCACAAGAGAGAGUACUAUUGUUUAUUUUAUAUCAUGAUCUUGAAAUUGGUUUCACUGCAUCUGUGGAGCCAACUGUACUCCCCUGAAAUCAUAGCCCAUAAACUUGUGGUAAAUUUUCCAUACUCAAAGUUGCCUAAUAUUUGCUUCUGUUUCCACCAUUGUAGACGGAUGCUGAUGCAUACAAUGAAAAUUCUGACGAAAAAAAAAAGGGUUACUGCACUUGAUCAUUUAAAAAACACAGGGUGCUAAUUGAGUAUGGGUCAGCAUAUCCCAUAAGAACAAGUAUAAAAGAAAACAUCUCAGACACUCACUAUGAUAAAUCAAACAGAUUUAUUGGACACCGUCUGCUUAGUUUAUUAUUUAUAUAGUGCCAGCAAAUUCCGUAGCGCUGUACAGUGGGUGGACUAACAGACACGUAAUUGUAACCAGACAAAUGGACGCAGAUGAAAACCUGCUAACAGUUUAAAUGAUAUGCUUUCUUGAAAAAGUGAGUUUUCAAUAAUAGAUUUUCACCCAGUCUCCACUCCUUCAAAAAUAACGGUGUAGGGAAGCGAUUUCCACAGAAAAGGUGAAGCCCUGGAGAAGUCUCACAUGCAAAUUCUGAUAGCAUCCCUUGCUGCCUAGUGUGUGGUAGUAUGUUUGGAAUUUCUGGUACUAAUUAUCAUUAGUAAAUGGGAGUGUUUAUCACUUUCACCAACCAUAUUUGUAUUAAUACAGAUAGCAUCGUAAUAAAGCAUAAACACAAAUUAGAGCAUUAAAAUGUGGUCUACGUUUAUGCUAGAUCGUACCUAUAAUGUACAUGGUAGGGACACUUUGAAAUAACAGUAACUAGUUAUAAUGUUCAUGUGAUAAAUGUAAAGGUUUCUUUCAGGUGAUGUGUCAACUGUUAAUGUUCUGGAACUCCUAACAUGCGAACUAAUUCAGUAACCCUUUUUUUUUUUUUUUUUUAUGAUCUUACUUUUUCAGGCUUUACAGAUAUCUCACCAGAAGAGCUUCGCUUAGAAUACAUUGCGUCUCAGGCCAGUGGGAAUCUACAGAAUUAUGUAUGUAUGUUUGGUCAAAUGUUUGGAACAUAGUAUAUCUCUGACCUAGUUAAAGGACCACUAUAGUGCCAGGAAAACAUACUCGUUUUCUUGGCACUAUAGUGCCCUGAGGGUGCCCCCACCCUCAGGGUCCCCCUCCUGCCGAGCUCUAGGGGGAGGAAGGGGUUAAACUUACCUCUUUCUCCAGCGCCGGGCGGGGAGCUUUCUGCCUCCUCUUUGGCUGAAUGCGCAUGCGCGACAGGAACCCCGCGCGCGCGUUCUGCCAGUCCAAUGCUUUCCUAUGGACACUGGCAUCUUCUCACUGUGAGAAGCGCGGAAGCCCUCUAGCGGCUUUCAAUGAGACAGCCACUAGAGGCUAGAUUAACCCAUUUAUAAACAUAGCAGUUUCUCUGAAACUGCUAUGUUUAUAGAAAAAAGGGUUAAACCUAGCUGGACCAGGCACCCAGACCACCUCAUCAAGCUGAAGUGGUCUGGGUGCCUAUACUGUUCCUUUUAAUAGUUUUCUGAAUCUAAUUCUCCAUUAUUAACCCUUUGCAAAACUGUCAAAGCACUAAUGACAAACAUUGGCUUACCAGUUUAUACAGAAGGGAUCAUUCUUUGAUUCCCUGUUUACCAGCGGACUCCCACACAAUCCGUUGACUCUGGUUCUUAUCCCUGCUUUAAAAAUCCUGCUCAUGUAAUGUCAGAGGGGCUGUGUAGAUUGUGUUGCUAAUAACAAUCAACAGUUAUACACAGCCACUUCACAGAAAUGUUCUGUACAUCCAAAGGGCAAGAAAUAAUCAAAUAAAGCAUCAUGCAAAGAUGUGCCAUUUAUAGUGUGGAGAUGUAGGCACUGACCCUGUGUCUCCACAAUCAUAAACAAAAGAAAGAAAUAAAGCAUUGAGAAGUUCUAAAGUAAGUGAAUGGUCAGCCUCUCUUGGCUUCUUUUCACUCUUCUCAUUUCCAUAUUAUGGAAAGUAAAGCAAUAAGCUGAUCAGUGCACAUCCUGUACAAAUCCAUACAUAAUUAGCUGCCUUUAAAUCCUUUAAAUUGCUGCUCUACAUAUGCAAUAAGGCCCUGGUUCUCUGUUUUAGGGAAUAUUUUAUUGUUGGGCUCAAGAAAUGGAAAUGUGCAGCAAAUAAUAGAUUCAGAGUUUGAUUUUUGCAUUUAAAAUAAAAUAAAAAUUUCAGUAACGUUUUCUACACCAUAUGACACCCUAAAUUUUGAACAGGUGGGGUGAAGCUGUAUAAGGUUAUGUUUUACUUAUUCCUGUGAAUAUUUUUUUUAAAGCAUUUUUUUCUUUUAUAGAUGAAUUCAGUCCAGCAGAUGGUGAACAAUUGGAAACAAAAAAUGAAUGAACUAAUGAAUCUAAACGCAUCAUCUAAAGUUGCACUGGUAUGACCAGAAUCUCCAAUAAUCAAUCCGUUUUUGUACCCUCAGUUUAUCUUUCUCACUCUGUACAAGACUCAAUCAGGUACGCUUGAGAAAAAUGUUGCGGAUUUUAAUUUUUUGUUUUGAAAACUCUGUUUCAGCUUAAUGAACUGAACAAUACAUCUACCUACACAAUACCUGCCUCUGGAGGGUCACAGCAGCCGGGCUUUGGAGGGUCACAGCAGCCGGGCUUUGGAGGGUCACAGCAGCCGGCCUUUGGAGGGUCACAGCAGCCGGCCUUUGGAGGGUCACAGCAGCCGGCCUUUGGAGGGUCACAGCAGCCGGCCUUUGGAGGGUCACAGCAGCCGGCCUUUGGAGGGGCGCAGCAGCCGGCCUUUGGAGGGGCGCAGCAGCCGGCCUCUGCGUCACUGGGUAAGCUCAUCUUAUGACUAUUGUAAAAAUAGUGAUAAAACAGAGCAGUCUUGAUGUUCAGAUUUGUUAUGUAGCAUGAAUUUGAAAUUCAUCAAUCCUUGUAUGUCAUGCACGUCUUCCAGCAUGUAUGUUGAGUAUAAGCCUUUGUAUGCAAAACUGCAGAAUCACAAUCAAAGUGACCUGUGCAGAUCUCAAAUCCUAAACUUUGAGCUGACCGUGGCCAUGUACAUGCAUCCUAAGAUAUGUGAUACAAUCCAAUUAGCAAGUAUAAUUUAAAAAAAGUAUUUUUACCCCUUGUUCUUUACUCAUUGGAAAAUAUACUGUUGAAAAAAGAAACUUUAUUGAUAUUUAAAGGGACUCUCCAGGCAAGAAAUUUUACUCACCUGGUUCCAGCGCCGGGAGCCUCGUGAAGCCGCGCCCCAUAUUUCGUCAAAAUGAUGAAAUAGGCGGGCGCGAGCAGGGAGCAAUCAGACGCUUCCAUUUGGAAGCGUCAUUGCUCCCUUGUGCGCAUGCGCGGCUUCGCUACACAUGCGCACAUACUUCAGAGGCCGGCAUUCAUGCCGCCCUCUGAAGUCCUUAGCGCACUACCGCACAUGCGCGCGGCUUCGAGCUGAGCUGACUGACAGCUCAGCUCGCGGUCUUUGCCUGCCCCCUCUCCUCUGCUGACAGGCAGGAGAGAGAAGGCGCGCACACAGUACCUUCUCUUUCCUGCACAUGUCAGACGUAUUUUAAUACGCCUGACGUGUACAAGGCCUUUUUAGGACCCUGCAUGAUAGGAAGUCCUUCUAGUAGCCGUCUGAGUGACGGCCACUGGAGGUAUUCCUAUCAAUCAAUGUAAACACUGUAUAUUUUCUCUGAAAAUACAUUGUUUACAUUAGAUUGCCUGCAGGAGCUAUAAAUCAUACCUGAACAACUACAUUAAGCUGUAGUAGUUCAGGUGACUAUAGUGUCCCUUUUAACUUUGAAUCUAGCAGUUACUAAAAUGGGAAGUGAUAUAUUUUGGCUAAUCCUAUUUCUACCCAGACUGCAGAAGUUUGUCACAUGUUAGGUAUUCUGUACAUUUUGUAAAUAAAUAUCAAAUGAUUGUGACUUCUGUAGUGUAAUAAAAUGGAGGCUGGAAAGACUAUGCAUGCAUGAUUGUUGCAUGAAAACAUGUACAGGUUUGUGAAAUUAAUACCAGCAUAUCCGCAGAGCACUUUUAUCAUAGUGAGAAAGCAAGUCAACACUACAUACCAUCUGUAAAUUGUGUUAGCAGGACUGCAAACCAAUAUAUACAAAUAAAACAAAAAUUGUUUCCUUAGAGGGACUUUACAAUUUUUAAAAUGUGAUUAACUCCAGCUAACUGUGUAAUUGAUUUUGCAAUUAAGGUUGCAUUCUUACGCAUUAUAAGAUUGUGAAGCUGAAAAUGUAGAGUAGAACAAAAGUGAAAGACUGGAAGCAUAGGAAAUGCACUCGUAAAGGGGUUAGCCCUAGAGUAACUACAGAAGUAGUAGAAGGAAAAAAGAGAGAAAAUGAGUGCCCUAGAACAAUUAAUAUAUAACCUUUAAUAAUAUAGUUAAAAACUGUGAAUAGAUAUAGGUAAAAGUGCUAUGUAACAACAGAUACCUAUAAAUCUGGCAACAGUGUCACGCUAUUAGUAACAAGUAUCACUAUAGGGAGACUGUAACAACUACCACUAGAUCUAUAACUGGAAGUAUGUCUGCUAAAUAGUUAAGCCUCAAAGUUGCUAGGAUAAAUCUCAACCUAAUAGUUGUAAGUAAGGAGGUCCUGUUCAAAAGUUUUCAGUAUCCUCCAUUUUAUACUAAAUGCAAAAUGCAAUUUUGCUCUGGCACUAUACAAGCAUAUAUAUGUACAAAUGUAUGUAUGUUGUUACAGUCUCCCUAUAUUGACACUUGUUACAGUCUCCCUAUAUUGACACUUGUUACAGUCUCCCUAAAUUGACACUUGUUACAGUCUCCCUAAAUUGACACUUGUUACAGUCUCCCUAUAUUGACACUUGUUACUAAUAGCUUGACACUGUUGCCAGAUUUAUAGGUAUCUGUUGUGACAUAGCACUUUUACCUAUAUCUAUUCACAGUUUUUAACUAUAUUAUCAAAGGUUAUAUAUUAAUUGAAAAUGUAGAGUAUGUGCAAGGAAAAGUCAAUUGAAACAGAAAAAAAAUACUGUGCUGAUAAAUGCACAGGUGCCUUGCUAUUGGUAGUCCUUGUAUCUCAACUUUGUACUCAUUACAGUGCUCAGUAGAGCAUAAUACUACAGUGCAUACAAUGGACAAAUAGAACAUUCCACUUUUUUCUUUGGUUCUUUACAUCUCAAUGUGCUAAUGCAUAACAUCAUAACCUAACAAAUAUCUUCAUGUGUCCAUCAUCUAGCAGGUCUCGUCUAAAAUACUUUAUCAGUGUAACAUUUCCAUUGUUCAUACACAUAGUGUUUAUGCACAACUUGAUACUACAUGAUAAAUGAAAGAAAUGAGAGCAGUUGUGGAUAUAUAUAUAUAUAUAUAUAUAUAUAUAUAUAUAUAUAUAUAUAUAUAUAUAUAUUUUUAUAUAUUUUCUUCAGGAUGCACUCACAGGACUUGGUGAAAAAAUCUAUUCUGAUUUAUUUAAAUCAUGUGCAUAACGCAAAACAAACCAACCAACGUUUCGACCCCUGCGGGUCUUUUUCAAGGUUAUUGUCCCGGUCAAAACAUUGAAAAUAUGUACCCAUACAAUAUUAGUGCACUUACCAAUCCAAUUCAGAGAGAGACCCUCAGCCUGACACCGGAACCCGGAUGUGAGUACGGACCGCCUCCUGACGUCAUCAUGUGAUGACGUGCGGCCAGAGACAAAGUGAUCACCAUGGAAACCACCUAUGCUUCUAUACAGGAUCGCAGAAAAAUGUGAUCAAGAAUAGUGAUGAGAGGGCAACAAGAUGGAAGAUCUGUUCUGAGCAAAGAUCUAAUUAACCCCUUAAGGACCAAACUUCUGGAAUAAAAGGGAAUUAUGACAUGUCAUACAUGUCAUGUGUCCUUAAGGGGUUAAGAGUCAAAAUAUGAAAAAUACAACCAUGUGCUUAAGAGCCACCUCUAAAUGAAGUGCAUACAUGUGUUAAAGUGAAAGAAAAGUGUAGAUAAACGAGUGAAUAGAGGGUGACACAUUAGUACAGGGAAAAUAUAGCAAUGUCUAUCAAUCUUAAUAUAAUACUCAAUAUACAUUUUUUAGUAAAUAACAUCAUACUAAAUACAUAACUUUCCUUAAUAAUCGAAAGCAGAAAUCUAUGGUCAGCAUAUGAACGCCAUGUACCCACCCAAAUUUUAUUUAUAUUUAUAUUAUAUAUAUAUAUAUAUAUAUAUAUAUAUAUAUAUAUAUAUAUAUAUAUAUAUAUAUAUAUAUAUUUCUUUUUAAAUAUAAUGUUCCUUACUAAAAUGUACCACCAGCUUUUGCUUGAGCCUCUGCUUGGUUCCUAUGGAGUUUCAAUGCACUCAGAAGGUUGAACAUGACUUUCUUUUUCUGGCAUCCAUAUAUAUUAACAUAACUGGUCUAAUUUCCAAUUGUUUCUAAACUCGUUUGAGGAAGCAUAUAUUCUGAAAUUUAUAUUAUGAUAAAUUAAGCUUAACCACCAGUAGAUUAUUCUUCUGUCCUCAGUAGACCCAUUUGAAGGAAAUUUGUCAAUAGUUUUAUUAAGAGAAAAUUUAAAAAAGAUGGGACUGCUAGGCAAGGAAGCAGCCAUCUAUAGGAACUGGCCAAGAGUCCUACAGUCCUUUAAAAUGUUCAGGGCAGGUGAAGGGAGAUUAUACAAUUUACAGCUACCCAGCAUUUAUUACUUUCUGUGUAAACCUUUUAUGUCAAAUAAGGAGAGGGGUGUAAAGGAAGAGCAUAGCAUUAAUCUGCCACUGCCAACUACUACUUGAGCAAUUAUAAUGUAAGCCUAUGAAUUGAAGGUACACCAACAUAAUGUAAUAACAGUUGUUUAAAGUUGACUGCUGAAAUCCAAUAUUUUCAUAAAAUGUUAUGUAGACGAUAUUGAGCAGUGACACUGCAGGGAAAUGAUCUAUACACCCAAACGGCUUCAAUAAGCUAAAGUUGUUUUGGUGACUAUAGUUUCCCUUUAAUGAGCUGGCAGAGGUAUAGGCUGAAAUUUCUGGGAUUGAUUCAAAGUAAAAGGUAGAACUGUUCCAGUUGCCAGAAGUCUUUAAAAUACAAAAUUCUGCAUUAAAGGGACACUAUAGUCACCUGAACAACUUUAGCUUAAUGAAGCAGUUUUGGUGUAUAGAACAUGCCCCUGCAGCCUAACUGCUCAAUCCUCUGCCAUUUAGGAGUUAAAUCCCUUUGUUUAUGAACCCUAGUCACACCUCCCUGCAUGUGACUUGCACAGCCUUCCAUAAACACUUCCUGUAAAGAGAGCCCUAUUUAGGCUUUCUUUAUUGCAAGUUCUGUUUAAUUAAGAUUUUCUUAUCCCCUGCUAUGUUAAUAGCUCGCUAGUCCCUACAAGAGCCUCCUGUAUGUGAUUCAAGUUCAAUUUAGAGAUUGAGAUACAAUUAUUUAAGGUAAAUUGCAUCUGUUUGAAAGUGAAACCAGUUUUUUUUUCAUGCAGGCUCUGUCAGUCAUAGCCAGGGGAGGUGUGGCUAGGGCUGCAUAAACAGAAACAAAGGGAUUUAACUCCUAAAUGACAGUGAAUUGAGCAGUGAAAUUGCAGAGGAAUGAUCUAUACACUAAAACUGCUUUAUUUAGCUAAAGUAAUUUAGGUGACUAUAGUGUUUCUUUAAAUAAUGUUCAUUGGAAUCAUGCAAAGAGUUCACAAUAUCAUACCUUUGGAGGAGCGAGUUUACCCAAGCUCAUAACACAUGGGAGUGAACAUUGACUAAUUCACUAUUGUAGUAGUGCGAGAGUCACCUUUUACUGAAAAUACAUGCAAUGGAAGUGUGGGUCAAAAUAUAAAAGUAUAGAGUUACAGUAUAUGCUGUCGCAUGUUGCUGAGCGCUUUAUUUCUCCAUCACGAUAUGAAUUAUCCAUGCAUGCAACAAAUGUAAAGCAUUGUAAUUAUGUUUACUGGAUGUUAUGAAUUUCUCAUGCUGCUUUGGAUUUCCUUAGGCUGUUUUAUGAACCUGUAGCUACCCCAUGUGGACACACUUUCUGCCUCAAAUGCCUUGAGCGAUGCUUGGAUCACAAUCCACAUUGUCCUCUCUGCAAAGAAAACCUGUCACAGGUGAGCUGACAUACCACAGACAGAUCAAUUGAAAACAUGCAGCGAACAUAAAAACAGGAAAAUGUGCCGCCUGUUCUUGUUAUAUAGCAUAGUUACUACUUAGGUAGCACUUAACUUGUUUGAAUAUCAACCCCCAUGUUUUCCAGCUACACAGGUAGUAAAUUAGUAUCCCAUGAUCAUUUAAAUAUUAUAUUCAUAGACUUCAGCAGCAAUCUUGUAAAUGGAAAGAGGUGGAUACAGUUAGGAUGCUCAUUUCAGAGAACCGAAGCAAAUGCUAACAAAAAAUAUCUGUGUUGGAUCUCUGCUCUCAGUGGUCAGUGUUAUAAACUGCUGUUGGUUCAGGCAAGCAAAAUUCAGAACAGGUCACGUGAGAAUCAGAAAGCUCAGGACACGAGGUUAACAGCCCAUAGAGCUUUCACCUGCAGUUUACUACUUGGAAGGUCAUGUAGCUGCUUUGACUUUGAGAAACCUCUGAGAACCUUGCUGUUUAUUAGUCUCAGGUGUGACUGUCACUAGGCGACAGGUGAGCCUGCAGACAGACUUGUAACCUGAUCCUCUGUGCAGACUGUGCUUAUGCUGAACGUGCUAUUUCUAGUCUGUCUGCUAGUACUUUAAAUGCUGACACUAUGGGUCGCUGUGGAACAGACAGGAUCUACAAUCCAAAAUUAACACACUUGCAUUAAUACAAGGUGACAACAUUUAGCUAUUACUGCCCUGCUUACCAAUAAUCUAAAAAUAUUUAACUCUGAUCCAUUUUUCUGGUUCCUAUUCAAAGGGCAACUGAUGCUCUAAAAAAUUGAGGUUUUUUUUAAUAUAAAACAUUUUGAAAGUUAAUAGCUUUUGUUUUGUGUUUUUUUAUAUAUGAAGUAUAUGUAAAUAUAAAUGAGAAAAAAAAAAUCUUUUUGUAUAUGACAGGAUCAUUCUUCCAUAUACAUGCACCAUGGAUGUUUGAAAAUGUAACGUUUCUAUAGUCUUUCUGCUUCCGUGCAGCAGGGAAGAUUUUGGAGACUGGCUGUCAUUUUUCAAACCCUGUCUGACCUAAGGUGUAUGUAUAUGGCUGAAGGAUCUUGUCAUGAACUAAAGAUAGGGGUGAGUUUUCUGUUGCUUUUGUUGUUGUUGUGUUCUAAAACACAUAAAAAAAGUAGGAAAGGGAUAUCAAAUUAGGUAGAUUUAGGAUUAGUUUAUCCUAGAGUUUGUCUACAAGAGGGGAAGGGUGGUAUGAGUAAAAUGACACAAGUUUGGAAAGGUAGGUGACGAAUGAAGGGGGUUGUGGAGAGAGACUCCUGUACAGAAAGGGGCUAUUUACAAAGUGACCUAAAAGGUAUUGACAGACGGGCAUAAAUUGGGGAGAGGAAGGGGAGGUUGAUGGACACAAGGAGGAGAGGGUAGAAGGGCACCAGUGAGGGAUUUGGGCUAUGGACAGAGGGAUGCAAGAUGAGUAAUCUGUCUCUAGACAGAGGGACUCUGAUAAAAUUGAGUCAGUACAAAGAGACACAAGUAAGGGAGAGAGGUGUAUGGGCAGAGGGGCACAAGUGGGAGGAGGAGGCUGUGGAAAAAGUGAGGAAGGUGUGGUAUAAGCUGAGGGACACAAGUGAGGAAAGGGUGAGAUAUGCAAAGAGAGACUAAUGUGGAAAGCUGGUGUAUGGACAAAGGGAGACAAGUGAGGAGAUGGAAAGAAAAAUGAAUUGUGUGGUAUGGAGAGCUAUACAUAGGGGUAGAUGUCAAGGAGCGCAUCAGUGAGUGGGGGGGUAAACUGCACACAUUUACAUACACACACGCACAUUCUCAAUACUAACAUUCCACAGCCAUCACACACAGGCACUCCUCAUAAAUACACGUCUGCAUUCAAUCAUGGGCAUUCUGCACCCACUGGGCUGAAGGGGUUAAAACCCAUUCAGCCACUUAACCUUACUUUAUUGCUGGGCUCCCUUGGCGCUGGUGACCUCUCCUCCUCCUGCCGACGAAAGCUCCGAAUGCACAUGCGCGGCCAGAGCCGCAUGCGCAUUCAAACCGGCCAUAGGAAAGCAUUAUUUUCACACUGAGAAUCAUGAAAGCGGCCUCUAAUGGCUCUCAAGGAGACAGCCACUAGAGGCUGGAUUAACCCUCAAUGAAAACAUAGCAGUUUCUCUGAAAUGGUCUGGGUGUCUAUUGUAAUACAUAUAUAUAUAUAUAUACACACACAUUUUAGUAGUGUGUAGGACAAAAUAGGUUAAUAUUUAAACAUAUGCUUAUAAAUAAAUAAUUUAUUUAUUGCUUUUAAAAGGCAAUCCCUUAAUAAUAUAUUUUUAUUUUGUUUAGUAUCUGGCAAGCCGAGCUUAUAAAAAAACACAUCUCACUGAAGAAUUGAUAACACGGUAUCUGCCAGAGGACCUUACUGAAAGAAAGAAAUUGCAUGACGAAGAAAUUCAGGAGUUAUCAAAGUAAGAUAUUAUUAAAUGGUCAAACAAAGCUUUUCCUCUAUUUUACAGCAGCAUGUUCAGUUUCAUAAUAUUGUCCUUGUCCAUUUAUAUAAUGUGUUUUGGAUCUCAAAAUGGAAGAGAUCAUCUGAUAUCUAGGUGGAGAUCAUGAUAAACUAUAUAGAGAAAUGUCAGCGUUGCAGAGAGAAGAGCAGAAAUGACUAUGUGAAAUCAUAAUGUAAACCUUUCAAGUAUUCCAGCAUUAAUGUUGCUAAAAACUAUAGAGAACCCAGAGUGACAGGUCAACUGUGCUUAAUGCUUAUUCAUAAGCAAAAUGGCAUGCUGAUCCCAAUGGGGAUUUACCCUAAAUAACGUUCUGCUGACGGCUUGUGUUCUUCUUUUAAAACAGUGUAGUUGGGACUUUAUAUGUCUCACUUAAUAUUAUGGUAUAAUGUUUGAUAUAUGUAACAUAUUCUCUUACACUCACUACAGUUUUUUUUACUAUAUAUAUUGGACCACAGACUUUUAGUUUUGUGCGUGUUUUGGUUUUUUAAUUAUGUUUUGUCUUUUUUUCUUCACAACUAUUGAGCUACUUCUUUCGUGAUGCACAAGUCUACUUCAUCCUGUCUAAGCUAGGGUUAGCUCAAUUUCUUAAUGCAGAGUUACAUAAUGCAAUAAGAUUCAACAACAAGGAAUACCUUGUUUUAAAUGCCAGCUCAUUCAGGUCAAACAAAGAGGAAUUCCAGUCAAAUUCAGAGAUUAGAGUAUCAUCCAACGAUAUCUAUUGUCUGCACGUAUGCAUGCUAAAUAUGUAUACAUCGAUUUAUUGUCUUCCUAUAAUACUUCAUUGUGUUAUCUAGACAUACCUAGUACUUAUUUGAAUUUUUUGUUUUUAUUUUUUUGUUACAUGAACACAGCUUGAAUAAAGAUGUACCUAUAUUUGUAUGUACAAUGGCCUUUCCUACGAUUCCUUGCCCACUUCAUGUGUUUGAACCCCGCUACCGUCUAAUGAUCAGGAGGAGCAUGGAGACUGGUACCAAACAAUUUGGCAUGUGUAUUGCUGAUGAACUAAAAGGGUAUGUAAUACAUUUGUUUGCCCAUUUAAGAUUGUGUUUUAGGUGCAACUCAUUGGGCCUCUGUGACUGUAGUCUUAUGAUAAAAAUAAACAUUUAUCCAAAUUACAUGGAGAUGGUGUUUUUGUACAUUUAAUAUCACUGAAAUGAUAGCACUAAAGCUUUAUGUAUUCAAGGACUACUGUCACUUCAAAAACUGUUGUUGUUUUUUUGGUUUGUUUUUAAGUGACAGUGAAAUCUUUUUUUCAUAAAGUAUUGACAGGAAAUAAUAUAUAUGAAAAAUAUUUAAAAAUAAUAAUUUUAAUAAAAAAAAAAAAAGAGAGACAAACGUAUUCCUACCUUUAGUAUAUAACCGGAUCUAUCAGCCAUAUAAACACACCUUAGGUCAGACAGUGUUUGAAAAUCGACCGUCUCUAUCGUCUCAUAACAAGAUUCUACAGACAAAUUAAAAAAAUAUACAUAAGAUAAUCGUAUAGAGAAAUGUGUGAAGAUUGUGGUGUUGAAUGCACUCACAAGAGCAAUCAAAGAAAACUGCAAAUCAACAGUCAACAAUCAACACUCCAUGGUUGCAUCGUCAUGAAACAUCAGACUUCCAUAACAGAUUGUUGAACGUAAAAAAGAGAGAACAAUGGUGCAGAACGUCAAGUUGAUCAUCUACUUUUUAAUAAAAAUAUAGUACUUACAAAAUGAAGAAGUGAUAAAAGCCCAUCUCCACAAAAAUGGUAUGAUCAUGAAUUAUCUGUUUCUGGUGCAGCAAUCCCGAUGCACUCCCAGGUAUCAACCAGACAAUGUAGUGAUGAAAACUAGUUAUACAGGAAAUCCAUGCAAAACAGAUACAAAGAAAAAAUGCAAAAUAUAAAAACCUCAUCCCCAUGUGUUUUGUCCAUCUUGACACAGACUUUCUCAGGGCAAGACUUCAGUGGUAUUAAUGGGCUGCAGUCUCUGCAGGGCUUUUAAAACCCCAGUGGUACCAAACUGUGACUGCAGAGCCGCAGUUUGUUCUUCCAGUUUUUGGGUCUCUUCGUCAUGCAUUCAACUGGCGUGGAGACGUUGCGUUCCAAGUGUAUGCGUCAUGUAGUAAGAAAGCUUUCACACACCAUAGUUAAGCAUUUCGCCUUGUUCCUAUACUCUGGAACCAUCAAUACUCAAAUGAGGUCUGAAGAAAAAGGGUAGAAACAUAGAAAACUGCCUGAAUUAAAGGAGAGCGGGAUAAAGGUAUAAUACAAAAUACCAAAAUAUACAAAUUAUAGUACCAAAAAGCAAUAAUACUGGUAAAAAUAAAAAUGUUAACAAAAGAGAAAUCAAAAAUGAAAUAAAAAGAAAACAAAAUUGAAAAAAAAAUUAAAUAAAUUAUAAAAAUAAAUAUAAAAAAUAUGACCAAAUGUAUGAAAUGUAAAAAAAAUAGUUUUUUGAAAAAAUUUGAAAGAAAAAAGUUCUGAAAAACAAAACAAAUCAAAAUCUACAUUUAAACCAUGUGGAUGGAGAGUCUGGAUUUUGUGAAUCUAGUAACCCUCUUUUCUCCACAAUUUAUUGAGUAGAUUUCCCCCUCAUUCAUCUACUUUGACCUGUUCAAUACCAGAAAUAUUUGGCUGUGAACAGCAGAGGAACAAUGCACUGUGACAGACAGUUAGUCUCUAUGGUCUUCCAUGCUUCACUCUCUACAGAGAACUAGGGAAGACCUCAGAGACUGUUGGUUUUCUAACACUGUUUGACCCAAGGUGCAUGUAUAUGGCUGAAGGAUCCUGUCAUAUAUACAGGAUGUGUGGGUUUUUUUUUCUCCCCCUCCCCCCUUUUUUCCUUUUUUGCUACACCCCAAAAAAAGGGAAAUGGAGGCAUUUCUCAGCAGUGGUGCUGCCAUAGAGGCCAAAAUUUAUACAAAAUACAGAUUAAGGAAUAACGCGCACACAAAAAUACAGUUUAACAUUCUAAAAAGCUACUUGUAAUCCCCCAUCAAACAAAUAUGUGGAUUGAGUUUUACCAAUAUGCCAUGUAAGCUCACCACUACGCCAUAUUACCCCAAUAUCGGUGGGUCCUACAUUAAUUUUAACACGGGAGACAAAUUAAAAAGUGCUAGUGCUAAAUUGAUUAAAGUGUAUUAGGUAUAGGUGUCAUUAUUAUACUUGCAAAGCUUCAUUCGUUGCCUCUGCAACUCCCAUUGUAAUGGAGGUUUGACUCUGGGCUGCAGUGUGAUCGGACAUCUACACCUAACCUGACUUCUUCCAAAGGGAGGUAAAAUGAAUUUAUGUAAUCUAUUUAUAUUCUCACAUGUAUAAUGCACUCAGGGCUGGCCUUAGGCCUUUGGGCGCCACACAGACACACAGAAACAUAGAAUGUGACGGCAGAUAAGAACCAUUCGACCCAUCUAGUCUGCCCAGACAGCGCCACACACACAGGCAGACAGUCUCUCACACACACAUUCAGACAAUCACACAUAGUUACCUCUGUUCAUUAUGGAGGUGGGAGUAGUGCAGCCCCUGGAUUCUGGUUGUUGGGGGAAGCAGGGACUCCUUCCUGCUUCCCCUGCAGCAGUUACACUGCACUUUUAGCUCCGCCCCGGCCGCACAGUAAGCUCUGCCCCCGGCCAGCCAUGUGUGAGCUGUGUCUGCCUCAGGGUGCCCCCUGGUCCAUGGCACCCUGUGCGGCCAUACAGCUCGUACACCCCUAAGGCCGGCCCUGAAUGCACUUUGUGCAUGUAUGAUAUGUACAUUGUAAUAUGCCUGUCAUACUUGUCCUGAAAUUGUCUCUCAUCAAGCUUUCAUGGUCAUGUUAUUCUAUGGCAUUCCAGGUUUGCAGAUUAUGGCUGUAUGUUACGUGUGAGGGAUGUAAAGUUUUUCCCUGAUGGGCGGUCAGUAGUGGACACAGUUGGAUUGAGUCGAUUUAAAGUCUUGAGCCAUGGACAGAGAGAUGGUUACCAUACUGCAAAUAUAGAAUAUCUGGAAGACAAAAAGGUAACUAAUUCUGAGAGGACUGCUCUUGGUAUCUUAUCUUUUGUGACUAGAGGACCCAUGUUGUAUACCUAAUAAGUUCUAAACCUGCUCGCAAUGAGUCCUCCAUAUAACUAAACGAUCUUUCCCCAUGUACCCUCUUUUUAAAGUUUCAAAAUAAAGGCUAUACACAGGAAAAAAACUUGUAUUUAGAGUGGAGAGAACAAUAUCACAUCUUGGUUGUGCAAUUACAAUUACAACUAGUAAACAUUUUGCCCAUUUGAUGAUUCUUAAGUUGGAAAUUGCUUUACAGCUCUAUGAGCAAUAGGUAAGUCUGUAAUGCUGGACUGAGUCAAGCUUACUAUCAUGGAUUAUCUCCCAUUAGCCUUGGAAGAACUACAGAAGGAGAGUAAAAUAAUUAAACCAUCUUUUAUGAUUAGUUCAUCAAAAGUGCAUCUGAUAUUUCUAGUCCUAAUAUUUCUAUCUGAAGUAUCACACACGAUUGGUACAAGACUUGUAGAAUCCCAGAUACCCCUAGAUAACAUAAAUCAGGUGGCACAUUUACAGAAUCUGACCUCAUUAUGAAUUGUUUUAGUAUUGGCAAUACUUUGGAGUAUUUACAUCUUGUUAGACUUCAUUCCUAUUUCAGGUGUGGCUAAGAACAGUAUUUGAUUUAUAUAUUAAAAGUAUUUUUAUGUGAUUGAGUUGUAUAGGCAGCUAUCAAAAAUUAUUGUACUGCGAAAUUAGAAACCAAUGUUCUAUGCUAUGAACUAAUUUAUUCUACAUUACUCUAUUGUUCCACAGGUUGAAGGACAGGAAUAUGAAGAACUGCUUGCACUGCAUAAUUCUGUGUAUGAUCAGGCCUUGGUAUGGUUCACUUAUCUUAAGGACAACCUAAAAGCACAAAUUCUUAGCCAUUUUGGGCAAAUGCCAAGCAAGGAAUCGGAACUACAGGUUAGCGCUCAAUUUCCAACCCCUGUACUUUAGAGACAGUUCUGCUCCUGUAUUACUGGUGUCCAUCAGAAAAACAUUUUCUUACUUGAACAGUUUAUAGCUUCGAGCAAUCGAGCUGCAAAUGAAAAGUCCUUCAAGUGAAACCUUGUAGAAAUCACAAUGUUUUAUGUUGUUCAUGUAGGAAAAAAAAUGAACAUGUUGCACUUUUGUUUGAGAAAAAUGGACACCAAAAUGCGUUUAGGGAUCAGUUCAUUUGAUGUGCCCCCGUGAUCAAUGUACUUCUGUUUUUUUAAAAUAAGUACUUACUGUUUAAUUUGUGUUCUGGAAAUUCUACCCUGCUGUCUCAUGGAAGCAUCUACUGCAUUUGCCAAAACAAUCUUUCUAACACAAUAAUUCUUUAUAUUCAUUGCUUUUGCUGUAAAGAAACCUUCGUGUAACGGAACAAACACAUCUUUCUCAAGCUUAGCGUGAUGCUCAUACAUUUAAUCUACAAUCUUGCUAAUUAAUCUUUGUUAUGGGUGUCUGCAACUACAGUUGCUUUCUCCUUUAGCAUAUAGAAGGUUGUCAAGUGUCACUGCAGAUACAAAUCUUAAAGGUGCACUCCAGUGUAUUUUUAAUUUGUUUUUAUCCUCAAUUUCUACAUCCCAUAAAUUUUAAAGGCAUCUACUAUCAUGACAUUGACAUUUUAACCAAUCUUGACCUUUGAGUAAAAUUUAUUUUUGGGGGGUUUUAGUUAAUUUAUUUAUUUUUACUACCCAUUUUUAUUUUUUUGUAUGCCUCAUUUGACUGGUCCAUUAAAUGUGAACAUUUCAUUUUGAUUGUGUUUCCUGUACAUAUGAAUUGGAUUUGCUUACUUAUAUACAAUAUGAUUACAAGUGUGUUCAUAUUCAUUUGAUAAAAGGUGGAAACUGCUCUUGCAAGUGAAUGUACACAUCUAGCUAGUCAUCUUAAAAACUGGAAGUGAGGGAAAAAAAGGGAGAGGAGACUUUUUUUAUUUUUUAAAUCUGUAAUAAUGUUAAUUAUUUAUGAUGCAAUGACAUUUGCUUGGAUUAUCUCUGCAAGAUUUGCUGCUGAACACCAGUUUUAAAUGUUGUUGCAUUACACUUUUCUCUUCUAGGCUAAUUCAAGUGGCCCAGCCUGGUGCUGGUGGAUGCUGGCUGUGCUGCCGCUAGAGAACAAAGCACAGCUAACCAUACUGGCCAUGACGUCAUUGAAAGAUCGCCUACUAGCAAUCAGACGUGUCUUAAUGUUCGUUACCCGUAAAAGACCCAGAUGA